GAGAAUUUGGGGUCUGCAUCCUACUGCUCUCCUGCACCCUCAGGGGUUCUGUGUUGUGUUCGCUGUCAGGGCAGUCAUUGGUUGUAGCCGGGCACUAUCUAGCUCUUCUGGUUUCAGGCUGAUGUAGUCUCUGGUUCAUGUGGCCCUUUCUGUCUCUUGGGCUCGUAAUUACCUUGUGUCCUUGUUGUUCUUCAUUCUUCUUUGAUCCAGGUGGGUUGAGACCAAUUGAUGCAUCUUAGAUGGCUGCUUGCUAGCAUUUAAGACCCCAGAUGCCACUCUUCAAAGAGGGAUGCAGAAUGUUUUCUUAAUAGAUUUUAUUAUGCCAGUUGGCUUAGAUGACCCCUGAAAUCAUGGUCCCCAAAUCCCUGUCCUUGCUACACUGGCCUUUGAAGCAGUUUAUUCAGGAAACUUCUUUGCUUUUGGUUUAGUCCGGUUGUGCUGACCUCCCCUGUAUUGUGUGUUGCCUUUCCCUUCACCUAAAGUAGUUCUUAUCUACCAACUAAUUAGUGAAUACCCCUCUCCCACUCUCCUACCCUCCCUCCUCUCGUAACCACAAAAGAAUGUUUUCUUCUCAGUUUGAACUAUUUCUCAAGUUCUUAUAAUAGUGGUCUUAUACAAUGUUUGUCCUUUUGCAACUGACUAAUUUCACUCAGCAUAAUGCCUUCCAGGUUCCUCCAUGUUAUGAAAUGUUGCACAGAUUCCUCACUGUUCUUUAUCAAUGCAUAGUAUUCCAUUGUGCGAAUAUACCAUAAUUUAUCCAUUCAUCCGUUGAUGGGCACCUUGGUUGUUUUCGUGUUUCUGUUAUUGUAAACAGUACUGCCAUAAACAUGGGUGUGCAUAUAUCUGUUUGUGUAAAGGUUCUUAUUUCUCUAGAAUGUAUUCCAAGGAGUGGGAUUGUUGGAUCGUAUGGUAGUUCUAUUUCUAGCUUUAUAAGGAAGCGCCAAAUUGAUUUCCAAAGUGAUUCUACCAUUUUACAUUCCCACCAGCAGUAUCAUGUAGAUUUUAGAGAUCAGACACUGAUCGGAAAUGUCAUAGCUAAAAACUUUUUCCCAGUCUGUAGGUAGUCUUUUUACUCUUUUGGCGAAGUCUUUGGAUGAGCAUAGGUCUUUGAUUUUUAGGAGCUCCCAGUUAUCUAGUUUCUCUUCUGCAUUCUUAAUAAUGUUUUGUAUACUGUUUAUGCCAGGUAUUAGGGCUCCUAACAUUGUCCCUAUUUUUUCUUCCAUGAUCUUUAUUGUUUUAGAUGUUAUAGUUAGGUCUUUGAUCCAUUUUGAGCUCAUUUUUGUGCAUGGUGUGAGGUAUGGUUCCUGUUUCAUUUUUUUUGCAGGUUUUGGUUUUAUCCAGUUAUGCCAGCACCAUUUGUUAAAAAGACUGUCUUUCCCCCAUUUAACUGUUUUGGGGCCUUUGUCAAGUAUCAGCUGCUCAUAUGUGGAUGGAUUUAUGUCUGGAUUCUCAAUUCUGUUCCAUUGGUCUGUGUAUCUGUUGUUGUACAGUACCAGGCUGUUUUGACUACUGUGGUGGUAUAAUAGGUUCUAAGAUCAGAUAAAGUAAGGCCUCCCACUUUGUUCUUCUUUUUCAGUAAUGCGUUAUUUAUCUGGGGUCUUUCCCUUCCAUAUGUCCCAUACAUCUUUGACUACAUUUUGGGAAUCUUCAUGUUUUUGGGUGUAUGGUGUGUGUGUAUGUAUAUUUUACAUAUAUAUUCACUGUAGAGAGAAAAAUCACUAUGAAAUAAGAUGAAUAAAAAGAAGAAACAACUCUAAUGUCAUCAUCCAGAAUUAUCUACUGAAAACAGGAAUCUAAAUGACAGCACCCUGUUCCAUUGCAUGAAUCGGCUGUCAGUUAUUUAAAUAACUGAUUUUCAAUAACAAUGUAGAUAAUUAGACUGAGUCCCUAAGAUCCUCUUACAAUAGAUGGGGCCCUGGUGUCUGCACUUCAGGAGCUCUGCAGUGAAGAUAAGAACUCCUAAUAAGGAACCGUGAGUGGUACAACGGUUAACGUGCUCAUCUGGUAACUGAAAGAUUGGAGGGUCGAGUCCACCCAGAGGCACCUCAGAAGGAAGGCUUGGGGAUCUACUUCCUAAAAAUCAGCCACUGAAAGCCCUAUGGAGUACAGUUCUACUUUGACACACAUGGGGUCGCCAUGAGUUGGAAUUGACUCAGUGGCAACUGGAGGAAAAAAAAAGGGUCCAACAUAGAUGCCUUGUUGCAUGUAUGGUAUCAUACCUAAGAAAAUAAGAAUCAUAUAAGCACUACCUUUGUAUACUAGGUGUUGUAAAAAAGCAAAAAACAGUGCCAUUUAGAUUGACCGCCUCCCGUUGAAUAUUAUUUUUUUCUCAAGAUUUUUUUUCUUAAUUUAAGCCCAUUUUUAUUGUGUGUAAGAUGCAUCUUAUCUGCAGUACCUUUUGGAAACUGCUUACUGAUAUUUUCUCCUUAAUUAAAAUGUAGAGACUCUUAAGUCAUUGCAAUCUACUUGCAAGUUCUUUAUUUUAAAAAUCAUCGUCACUUCCUUAUUGAUACUGUAUAGUCUCAGGUUGUAGUAGAAAAAUCCCUACAGUUGGAGUCAGAACAAUUGAGGUUAGAGGCCCAGUUCUCCCAUUAGCCGUGUGGGAUUGGGUUUCCUAGUCUGUUUAUGGGAAUGGUACUAUCUGUCCUCCUACUCCAAACUUGUUGGAAGGGAUCCAGUGAAAUUAUUUAUAUAGAUCACCUGUAAUGGUAAGCUCUAAACAAAAAAAAACUGUUGCCGUCGAGUUUGUUCUGACUCAUAGCAAACAUACAGGACAGAGUAGAACUGCCCAGUAGGGUUUCCAAGGAGUGGCUGGUGGAUUCAAACUACCGAUCUUUUGGUUAGCGACUGUUAGCUCUUAACCACUGCACCACCAGGGCUCUAACGGUAAGGUCUAAUACCUCCAGAUGGCACUAUGAUGUAGGUUUUGUUUUGUUUUUUAACUUGCAAUCAGCACAUUGCAAAAAUGGGUUGAGGAAGGUAGUAGUAGACAAUAAAUGAAUUACUGGAUUUAUUAUUAAUGUGUUCUUAUAAUCUGUAACUUGUCAUGUUAGUCAUUAUAUUAACUAUGAAUUUAAUGAGGCUAAGAAUUAGGAGUCCCUGGGUGGUACAAAUGUGUAAGCACUUGACUGCUUACGGAAAGGUUGGCAGUUCGAGACUACUCAGAGGUGCCUUGGAAGAAAGGCUGGGCGAUCUGCUUCUGAAAGGUUACAGCCUUGAAAACCCUAUGGAGUGCAAUUCUUAACUGACACACAAGGGGUUGCCGUGAGUUGGAAUCAACUCAACAGCAGCUGAGUGUUUUUUGUUGUUUUUUUAAAGAAUUAGUUAAGGAGAGGUAUUAAAUGUUUUUAGGGACAAUAGGGAGAUGAGAGUUUUUUGUUUUUUGCGGAGGCAGAGAGGGGCUUGUUCUUUAGUACUGAAGUAUGUAAGAACAUGAGACGAUUUUCAAGAUCUGUGCUUAGGGAACCUUCUGCCUUAUUCAUUUGUGACCACUCUGAUCUUGGUUAAUACCGUUAAAUGAGGCAUAGCUCUCAGUAGAUUUAUUCAGCGUCUAUGGAGUCCUUGUGACUUCUCUUGAACAACCCUCUUGCCUUGUAGAGAGCAGACAUUCUGGGCAAUGGUGACGUGAUGGACCUCUCCUGGGAAUGCAGACUUGUGAAAUCCCCAGAAACAUGCAAAACAAAUACGUGGGGUGUAUUGCCUGCCAUGGUGACUGUAAUAAGGAAUCUCCUUUUAAAACAACAUAGUUUUAGUUGAUAGUGGUAUAUACAUGAAAGUGAAUUAAUUUGUAUAUGUUUCCUGUUUCUGGGCAUGAGGUCAGAUUAACUCCAGUCACAUAAUUACAGAACAUCUAGUGCACGUGGGAAAGCGCCCUGGUGGUGCAGUGGUUAAGAGCUUGGCUGCUAACCAAAAGUUCUGCAGUUCAAACUCAACGGUCACUCUGCCAGAGAAAGUUGUGGUAGUCUGCUUAUGUAAAGAUGUACAGCCUCGGAAACCCUGUGGGGCAGUUCUACUCUGUUCCUAUAGGGUCACGAUGCUUUGGAAUCAACUUGACAGCAGCGGGUUUAGAACACGUGGAGGUCCUGGGCUGUGGCGUGCGUGUGAGUAUAUGCCACGGUGCAUAUGUGCCACAGUGCCUGAGGACCCACUAAGGGAAAGGAAGAAGGAAGGCAACAUUUGUGGAGUGCCUUUUUUGUGCUAGGUUUUAAAAUAUGUGAUGUCGAAUCCCCACCAAAAAUCAAACCCACUGCCAUUGAGUCGAUUGUGACUCGUAGUGACCCUCCCUAUAGGACACAGUAGAGCUGCCCCAUGGGGUUUCCAAGGCUGUAAAUCUUUACGGAAGCAGACUGCCUGCCCCAUCUUGUUCCUGCCUAGCGCUGGUGGGUUUGAACCACUGACCUUUCUUUUGGUUAGCAGCGGAGCACUUAAUCGCUGCACCAGCUGGGCUCCUUUUAAUCCACACAAUAGGCCUAAAAGCUAGGCAUUUCGUUGAGCGUAGUGAUAUGGGCUCUACCCCUAAUUGAUCGUGUUGGCUGUUGUGAUGACAAUGAUGCCGACGAAGAAAACAGCCUAGAUUGAGGUUUAGCAGCAGCUUCCCUAGGAAGGAAGUGGUGUGGCUCUGACCCCAGCUUCUGCCUCCUUCCUUCACACUGUGCUGCCUCCCCACUACUAACGAAUUUGAGCAAGAGAAGAGAGCUACUUCAUUUAUUGAGUGUGAAUAAAAGUUUACUGUGCUAAUUAGUGGGGAGAAAGUUGAGCCUGUUGACCAACAUGGAAGUUUUAGGACUUAUUUUUGGAUUGCAUUUUACCUUAUGACACUGUAUAUUCAUUUCCCAGAUAUGCCAUAACAAAAUUCCACAAACCGGGUGGCUUACAAGAAUAGAAAUUUAUCGUCUCACAGGUCUGGAGGCUAGUAGUCCAAAUCAGUAUGUGGGCCAAUCAGCGUGUUCCCCAAAGUCUCUCCCAGUUUGUGGUAGCCUCUUGAUAUCCCUGGGCUUGUCGAUGCAUCUUUGCAUGGCCAUCCUUCUGUCUCUCUCUUUCUUCUCCUUUUUUCUAAGAAUUCUGCUUGGAUUGGAUUAGGGCCCACCCUCACAGGUACCAGGGGUUAGCCUUCCAUAAAUCUUUUUGGGGGAACACAAUUCAGUGGUUUGCAUCAUUUUCCUGCUUUAGUGUACCUGAGGGGUGUGAUGCCCCCUGUUGUUAGCUGCUCUGAUUUGGUACGAUGGAAGGAAACGCUGCCCAGCUGUGCACCAUCCCUGUGACUGGUUGUAGAUCUGACCAUUGUGACCCAUAGGGUUUUCAUUGGCUGAUUUUUGGCCAUAGAUCACCAGACCUUUCUUCCUAGUCUCUUAGUCUGGAAGCUCCACUGAAUCCUGUUCAGCAUCAUAGCAACAUGCAAGCCUCCACUGUCCCCUGUAGGGACUCUUUCCAACAGUGACAAAAGAACAGCAAAUAUUGACUGGGUGAGGAAGAACCAGAUGUAAGAUAAAAUGGACUACCCGGAAAACGGGCUCCGCUGCACCACACUGAAUACAUACACACAUAGCAAGGAAAAACGCUGUUGGAGGCUAUGUUUCUGUAAAUCAGAGAAGGGAGGUCGGUGAGAAUGUCGGCCCCCAACUGGAAGCCGUUUGUGUACGGAGGGCUGGCCUCCGUCACAGCCGAGUGCGGCACAUUUCCGAUUGAUUUAACCAAGACACGUCUCCAGAUUCAAGGCCAGACAAACGAUGCAAACUUUAAAGAAAUUAGGUAUCGUGGCAUGUUGCAUGCAUUGGUGAGGAUAGGCAGAGAAGAAGGGCUGAAAGCGCUGUAUUCAGGAAUUGCCCCUGCAAUGUUACGCCAGGCUUCUUAUGGCACAAUCAAGAUAGGCACUUACCAGAGCUUGAAGCGGUUGUUUGUUGAACGCCCAGAAGAUGAAACCCUGUUGAUUAACGUUGUGUGUGGAAUUCUCUCUGGAGUCAUAUCCUCAGCCAUUGCCAAUCCAACUGAUGUUUUAAAAAUACGAAUGCAAGCCCAGAACAGCACCAUUCAAGGAGGAAUGAUAGGCAACUUCAUGAACAUCUACCAGCAAGAGGGAACGAGAGGACUGUGGAAGGGCGUAUCCCUUACUGCUCAGAGGGCUGCCAUUGUUGUUGGCGUGGAGCUGCCUAUCUAUGACAUCACCAAAAAGCAUCUGAUCCUCUCUGGCCUGAUGGGAGACACUGUAUAUACCCACUUCCUCUCAAGUUUCACCUGUGGUCUGGCGGGGGCCUUGGCCUCAAACCCUAUUGAUGUUGUGAGAACCCGCAUGAUGAACCAGAGAGUCCUUCGAGACGGUAGAUGUUCUGGCCCCACAGGUACCCUGGAUUGCUUAUUACAGACAUGGAAGAAUGAAGGGUUUUUUGCUCUGUAUAAAGGGUUUUGGCCAAAUUGGUUGAGACUUGGUCCUUGGAAUAUCAUCUUCUUUGUGACAUACGAGCAGUUGAAGAAAUUGGACUUGUGACAAGCCACAGGCUGCAUGAGAUACCCUUGGAAAAUGCUAACUUCCGAAACAGUACAGCUUCCUGUGGUUCACACGGCUUCUCACUGCUUGGCUCAUCAUAGAUUCCUGGGUGUGAGCAACAGAGGACAACUGGGUUAGCUUAGGUUGCUAUGUUGGCAUUGGACGUGCCUCAUCCAGUGUUUAAUGACAUAAACUGCAACAUCCAAACGCUAGUCUUUACCACUGACGUACCCUUGGACAUCAAAGAUAACUUUCAAAAUACAUGUUUCUGCUCAAGAAACUUUGCAAGAAAAUCAGGAACUGUGGGCGGUUUUUUCGGGGGAAAGUAGCUCCCAGUGCAUCUCAGUGCUUAGCAGAGACUCUUAGACUGCUCUGGAGAAGCUCACCAGAACCAUGGGUUGGAGCCUUCAAGAAUCUAUUUUUGUCCCUGACCAUCUGGGGCUUUUGCUUCUAGUCUGCUGAAGAAACAUCACAUGUGAAGACCUGGACUUCCCAGCCACGGGUAUAGGCAGUACAGGAAAUCCACCUUUGGAAUAUUGCACUGUGUUUUAACUUCCUAUCUUGGCAGGAUCUCUCACUUAUAAUAAGUGAUUUUAAGCCUUUGUAGACUUGACCUUUGUGAGGAAUUGUUACACAGUAUUAAUGUAUAAGCUCAUGGUGUAAUUUGUUGGCUUGGAAGGUGGCACAGGUGUUUUCGAGGAGUGUGGGCUCUGCCUUAGGUAAUGUUAGUAAUUCACUCUGAUUUUAAGCAAAGCUCCUUAGCCUUCCUUGUAUCUCUUUCGCUCCGUAGAAAAUGAGGAUGAUGACAUAUUGGGAUAGAGGCCCAAAUGAAGAAGACAGGCUGCUGCGCCUCUUUGAUGAUGUUGAUGCAGCCACUUGUCUUGUAGGGUGUGUCCAUGUCAGGCUGUCUUCUAGCUAUAACCCCCCGUGAACACACUGUAUGUACAGAAGAGAGCCAUAUUAUCAUGGUUCUCUCACUGUAAUUGUGAGGGAAGCCCUUGAUGAAAGGCAAGAGUACCGUGUAAGUUAAGGUUUCAGUUUGUUUUGCCAGUCAAAAUGUGGCUAGUGAAUUGAAGAGUUGAUUUUUCCAGCUUUUCAGUCUUUACUUUAGAUCAUGCCAUGUCACGUUAAAAUAUGUCCUGUUUUGGACUUCCUAGUUAGUUUAGAUGGAAAAUACAUGAUUGAAAUUUUAAAAGCUCUUUCUUUUAGUACACCUGUUUAUCUUGUUUGUAACAGUACAUACAUCAUAUUUCUCUUUGUCUUUUAAAGACAGUGAGGAUAAGUUGUUCCCCCUCUUUCUUGUCUUCAUCCUAUUCUUUUCAAACAAAAGGUGACUCUGAGAACCCCUUAGUAGCUGGGUAGUACAGUUAAUGCACUCAUUGCUAACCAAUAGGUUAGUGGUUCAAGUCCACCCAGAGGCACCUUGGAAAAAAGGCCUGGCCGCCUACUUCCAUAAACUCAGCCAUUGAAAAUCCUGUGGAGCACAGGCCUACUCAGACACACAUGGGGUCACCAUGAGUCAGAGUUGGCUCGAUGGCAACUGAUUUGGUUUUUAGUUUUGGCCUGAACUUUACACUUGUGGAGGACACCCACAGGAAAGUGAAUGUAUUAGCUUGGGUCCUUCAGUUCUACCCUGUGAGAAUAUUUAAAUAUGCCCUCCCUGGGGCACCCUGGCAGACCACUUCUACAGAAUGUGCAGGGCAAAAUACUAGCCCUUGGGGUACCUUCUUCCAUUGAGGCAGAAUAGGAGGAAUGCAGACUUUUUAGGGACCAGGCAGUUUUCGUCACAGUCAGUUUCACCUUGCCUUCUUUUUAUUAAUGUUUCCUUUGAAAGACUUUGUGAAGCAGAAUUUUAUUUCCAAAAGUAAGAGCUAAGACAAAGUCAUUAAAAAGGGGAAGGAAGGAGGAAGAGUGGUGGGGUGGCAGGCGUGUGUUCCAUUGCUAAAAGACGAAGGUGAAAAGUCCGGAUGUCAUCCUGGCCUGCUCUUGAUGGCAGUGGAGGGUCAUGUGAUGCACAAGAGCUGAGCUCAUUCAGGCUUCAGCCCUGAUAAACUGAACCCGUGUUCAGAGACAGGAGAUUGUGUUUCCUUACCAAGCAUUCCUUUCCCAGGGUCAAGGCUUUCUAUAGCCAGCCGUUCACUUUUGAGUUCAUUGAGUUUAAAGAAUUGCUUUUCAUGAACCACUGUUUUGUUUGUUUUGUUUUGUUUUAAUGUAGAAAAUAUUUUCUUUUUUAAAUGUACUUGUAAUUUCUGAAAGAGUAGAAAUAAGUUCAUUUAAAGACCACGUAAAGAGUAACUGUCAGGCCAUAUUCAUUAUAUCCAUUUAUUCACAUGAUGUACAUAUUGAGACCAAGAUGAGAAGAAAUUAAAACUUGAGCACAUUUUUAAGACAAAAAUAUAGCAAUUCUUCAUUUAUUAAGCCCCCUAUAGAACAGAGUCUUCAUCUGCUUUUGUUUUCUCCUUCCCAAAGGAGUUCAUACAGUUCUUGAGGCUUCUAUCAAAGGGACGGCGGAAUUAGGACAAUUGGUUGCCUUCUUUUCAGGAGUACCCUUUUUGGAUACUGCUUAAAUAUGGCAAAAGAGUUUCUAGUUUUUAUACCCAAGGUGAAGAAAAUGUUUUUAUUGUUUGCUUAUGGGUUUGUAUAAUCACUGAUGCUAAAUGUUGCUGAUCUGUGGUAUAAAAAAGGCUCCUGUUCCCCAUAUUUAUUCAUACACUUGAGAUAGUAUAUGUUAUAUAAAAAGUAUAUGUUUUUCACAGGCCUUUAUAUGUAGAACUCUUUAUUUAAACAGUGUUGGAAUAUGUUGUGUACACCUUGUUUCAUUUAUGUAAUAAACUGGAGUAAUAUAUAAUAACAAAAAAUGUUUG